AUGAGCUUUUGUCGACUGGAUCUUGAGAUCUCAUAUAUCUGCGACACAAACCGUUCGCCACCAAAUACUCUUCUCUUUUCGGCCUUGGUAGGAGCUGGUUACCAACUGAUUUCGGUGGUAUUUUGUGUGAUCAUGUUCGCGAUAGUCGGUGAACUUUACACGGAAAGCGGUUCCAUGCUGUCGAAGGAUAUAUUUGUGUAUGCUGCCACCUCUCCAAUUAAUGGUUACUUUGGAAGAUCGCUAUAUGCCCGAUUGGGAGGACGAAUGUGGAUUCGGCAGAUGCUGGUCUCCGCAUUUACAGUUCCAGUGGCUGUGUGCGGCACGGCUUUCCUAAUCAAUUUCAUUGCUAUCGGGUAUUAUGCAUCGAGAGCCAUACCCUUCGGCACCAUGGUGGCGGUCACCUGCAUCUGUAUAUUUGUGAUCCUGCCUUUGACUUUGGUGGGCACUGUGGUCGGCCGCAAUCUGGAUGGUCAGCCGGACUUCCCUUGUCGAGUGAACGCUGUUCCGCGGCCUAUUCCCGAAAAGAAGUGGUACAUGGAGCCGCUGAUUAUUGUGCUUUUGGGUGGCGUCCUGCCCUUUGGAUCCAUCUUCAUUGAGAUGUACUUUAUCUUCACUUCCUUCUGGGCAUACAAAAUCUACUAUGUCUAUGGCUUCAUGUUGCUAGUGUUCAGUAUCUUGACUGUGGUGACGGUGUGUGUUACUAUUGUGUGCACAUACUUCCUGCUGAAUGCGGAGGACUACCGAUGGCAGUGGACGAGUUUCAUGGCGGCAGGCUCCACGUCUAUUUACGUAAAUGCCUACUCCUUUUAUUACUUUUUUUUCAAGACCAAAAUGUUUGGUCUAUUCCAAACGGCCUUCUACUUUGGCUACAUGGCUCUCUUCAGCGGCGCCUUGGAAAUUAUCUGCGGCACCGUCGGCUAUGUGGGCACGAAUCUCUUCGUGCGCAAAAUCUAUUCCAAUGUGAAAAUAGACUAAGAGCCCUGCGACUCAAUUUGCAGCAACCCGCCCCCAGAUCUGUAUAUCAUCCUAAUCGAUUUACACUUGUAUUUAUUGAGUAGAGUUUUAGUUCUGUGUGUUUACUUUUGCUCCAGUUGGCUCUUCUCUCUCCGUCUCUUUGUGUUUCUCACUUCUCAU